GAGGACAGCAGCCCAGAGAACCUGCUCCUUCAUGGACCUUUCUCCCGCAAGCCGAAGCGCAUCCGGACAGCCUUCUCCCCCUCACAGCUCCUCAGGCUGGAGAGGGCAUUUGAGAAGAAUCACUAUGUGGUGGGAGCAGAGCGGAAGCAGCUCGCCAGCGGCCUCUGCCUCACCGAGACGCAGGUGAGUGUGAGGGGACUCAGUGAUCUUGAACACACCCGUAACAUAUUUUUUAACGCACCCUAAACUCCUUAAGAUUUUGAACGCACCCUAAACCCCUAGGGCUUAAAAGCCAAUUUAUGCUUGAUCCGAAAAUAUGGUCGGAGGCUCCGUAUGGAGGGUGUGACGCUAUUGCGGAGCCUCUAUAGGCUUGCGGAGGCCAAAUUGAGCUCCGUACCACAUCGCCGUGCGCCUCCCAAAUUUGGAACAAUACGAAGGGCUCUGUAUAAACACAAACUCACUUCCUUGACAACAUCCUUCAAAACAGCUCUGCUCUGCUCAGCGAAGCGCAAGAAGUCUAAAUGCCCUGACUUCAGAGGCCGUAUCACAGUAAACGCUGUAUGGAGACUGCAGAAUGCGGAUUUACCAUGCAGAGCCUUUAAGGCAUGGCUGCAUUCCAGAGCACUGAAACAGGAUAUGAGUAGACUCUUAGUCAGAACUCCACAACACCCACUCAACCAACGUAUGGCAAAACCAGGUUUCUCAACCACAAGUUGUUUUGUCCUACAGUAGCUAUGGGGAUGGGCAAGAUGAUGCCAAUAAAUAAUGUAGUUCAUUUCACAAUUAUUAUUUAUGACCUAAUUUCUCUAAUCAUCAUCAGAAACACGCUGCUAAUCAACAGCAAUUCAGUCUUUUCGCAAUCAUCUCACGCAAUAUAGCAUACAUUGGGAAUAGAGGAUUGCGAUGUGCUGAACUUUUAAUUUAAAAGGAAUUAGACCAAUAAUUGAAUCACGCUUGUAAACAAGACAUAAAAAUGACAACCAGCCUGAGAAAUAAAAUAGAAAUGUGACGCUAUUCGCACGGCAAAAAGCUGUAAAGAACGACAGUGUGUGAAUCCUUAGGCAUCGCAAUGUUUGGCAGUGUUACAGAAAGAAUAUGGAAGCGAUAACAGUUUUACACGCUGUGAAAUAUUGUCUUGGCAAAAUCAGUGUUGCUAUUACACUUUGGGAAAAAAAUCAUAGGGGAGAUCACCACCUUCCGGAGACACUUGAAACCCCACCUCUUUAAGGAAUACCUGGAAUAGGAUAAAGUAAUCCUUCUAUCUCCCCUUACCCCCCCCCCCCCCCCCCCAAAAAAAAACAAAAACAACCAUAUUGUAAAGUGGUUAUCCCACUGGCUAUAAGGCGAAUGCACCAAUUUGUAAGUCGCUCUGGAUAAGAGCGCCUGCUAAAUGACGUAAAUGUAAAUGUAAUUAUUCUAUACUAGAAAAGGUAGAUUUACUGAAGAAAACAUGUCUGCUUGCUUUAGCUGUCUCAAAGUAUUUCAUGGAAGUGGAAGAGCGAGUAGGUGGUAGUUUUUACAGCAAGCACAUAUAGACAUUGUUUCUUCCAGUACUCAACGACGUCUCUCCUUACUCUCUCCCAGGUGAAGGUUUGGUUCCAGAACAGGAGGACGAAGCACAAGAGACAGAAGCUGGAGGAAGAGUCACCGGAGGCUCAGCAGAAGAGGAAAGGAAGCCAGCACGUCAGCCGCUGGAGGGUGGCUACUCAGCAGGGCAGUGGCCCCGAGGACAUCGACGUCAUCUCAGAGGACUGA